AAAAGAUAAUGAAGAUGAUGAUAUGGAAGGUGUUGUUAGUAGCAGCAACAAUAAUGGCAGUUGUGGCAUUAUGAAUAAAAAUAAUUCAAAUAUAGAGAAUGAAUUAAAUUUUAUCGAUCUAACACAAAAUAGUGAUGGUGAUGAUGAUGGAAAGGAAGAUAGCAAU